AUGGCAUCAAUGUUAAAUGCUUGCGACAACAAUCUGUGUCAGAAUGGAGCUGGUUGUGUCCAGGUUUCUGGUUCCUGUACAGCUUACACAUGUUCCUGUCCUAAUUGCUACACUGGGCAAUUUUGUGAAACUUUGUUAAAUGCUUGCAACAACCAUGCGUGUCAGAAUGGAGCUGCUUGUGUUCAGGUUUCUGGUUCCUGUACAGCUUACACAUGUACCUGUCCUUCUUGCUACACUGGGCAAUUUUGUGAAACUUUGUUAAAUGCUUGCAACAACCAUGCGUGUCAGAAUGGAGCUGCUUGUGUCCAGGUUUCUGGUUCUUGUACAGCUUACACAUGUACCUGUCCUUCUUGCUACACUGGGCAAUUUUGUGAAACUUUGUUAAAUGCUUGCAGCAACCAUGCGUGUCAGAAUGGAGCUGCUUGUGUCCAGGUUUCUGGUUCCUGUACAGCUUACACAUGUUCCUGUCCUUCUUGCUCCACUGGGCAAUUUUGUGAAACUUUGUUAAAUGCUUGCACCAACAAUGCGUGUCAAAAUGGAGGUGUUUGUAUCCAGGUUGCUGGUUCCUGUACAGCUUACACAUGUUCAUGUCCUUCUUGCUGCCCUGGGCAAUUUUGUGAAACUCUUGUUAAUCCAUGUUCAACAAGCCCAUGUUUUAACGGUGGAACUUGUUACAGAAGUCAUGGAAAUUUUGGAGAGUAUGUUUGUAUUUGUACUGACGGCUUUUUAGGAACUCGUUGUGAAGUUGUCAAUCAAUGUUCACCAAACCCAUGUCUUAAUGGAGGAAUCUGUUUCUUAAGUUCAUCAAAUGUGGGAGAGUAUGCUUGUCUUCGGACUGACGGCUUUUUUGGAGUUAAUAGCGAAGAUGGACAGUCAGUGGCAAAUAUUACUUGCAUUGGUAACAGACUAACAACCGCUGUUUGGCAUCCUGAGCCUAUGAUUUCAGAUUAUGGUGGAGUAGCAACUGCUGAAGAUCUCCUUGCAAGAAUAAUUGAUAUGAAUGUUACAGAGAACAAUGUAGAAAUGGUCAGUGCAGAAGUGUUUGAAAUCACAAAAAAAACCGACGAGAUUACUGAUGGUGCACUUGAAUUGACAGCAAUCAUCUUGCAGGAUGUAGUCUCGCUAGAUACCAACUCUACGACGGUUACAUCUUCAAUAGUUGGUACCGUUAACAAUCUAUUUAGUAUAGAUGAAGAUAUUAUAAUGGAAAGUCAGAUGAUGAACCAAGCUCCCACUAGCAUCAUUUUGUCUCUGGAAAAACAACUUGGGCAAGUUGAACUUCAAAACAAUAUUUAUCAAGAAAGUAUGCCCAACGUUGCCGUACUUGGACAGAUGUUAACUGUUACGGAUGUGAGCAACAACACUGGAUUAGCAUUUGGGGCAGCCAAGGGUGCAGUUGGGCUGAAAGAUGUCACAUUUUUGCAAAGGGAUUCCAUACCUAAUAAUAUCCAGGUUUCUAUUGAUGUACCUGCAAGCAUUACAACCACAAUUAUGAAAGAAAAAGGAACUGAUACAUUCAGAGUGUCUGUUAUUGCCUAUGAAAGCAGCAAGUUGUUUCAGUCGUCUCAGUUUGAUCGUUCAUUUCGAAGACCUAAUGGUCCGGUUAUAUCGUUCUCGGUACCGGGAUUAUUAGAAUCUGUUGACUUAAAUGAACCACUUACAACUACAUUUAUUCCUUCUGAGAUUACUAAGGGAAAUACUGACACAGAAUGUGUUUUUUGGAACUUUGAGUUGCUAAAUGGGGUUGGUGGCUGGUCAAGUCAGGGAUGCAGGUUAGUUAGAGGAUCAGCAGAUGGUAGUGAUAGACAGUACUGUAAUUGCAGUCAUCUCACAAAUUUUGCUGUUCUUAUGAAUUUCUAUCCCAAUCAACCGGAUGCCAUCAGUGAGGUCAUCACUAAAGUUGGUUUAAGCCUAUCCAUUGUAGGGCUUAGCCUGACAUUACUGACAAUUGUAGCAAACAGAAAAUUGAGAAAAAGUGAGCCAAAAAAAAUCCUAUGCAAUCUGUGUGGAUCUUUGCUUGGUCUAUAUAUUGUAUUUAUCGUUGGAAUUGACCGAACGAACAACGAUGAUCAAUGCACUGCUGUGGGAGCUUUGUUACACUAUUUCCUGUUGUCUUCCAUUUUCUGGAUGAGUGUCCAAGCCCUCUUCAUGUAUUAUCUGUUUGUAAAAAUAUACAAUGCUCAUAUUCCAAGAUUUCUCAUCAAAGCUAGUCUAUUUGGAUGGGGUGCACCUGCAGUUAUUGUCUUGGCUACAAUUUUUGUACAUGUUGAUGAUUAUGUGGAUAAUCAGAAAUAUUGUUUUCUGACGUUGGGACGAAUGUAUGUGAGUGUUGCUAUCCCAGUUGUUAUUGCUUUGUUGUUCAACGUGACAAUGUUUGCUUUUGUGAUGCACAGUUUGUGCCAACGCGGAAAAUUUACCAACCGACAGCGCAAGAAAAAUGAGGGCAUCAGGAUGCUGCAGAAUGGCAUCAGUAUCACUCUGGUGAUGGGCUUGACUUGGGUGUUUGGAUUCUUUGCCAUCGGAGAUGCAACCCAAGUCAUCAACAUUUUAUUCUGUGUCUUUAACACCCUUCAAGGCUUCCUCAUCUUCAUGAUGUACUGCGUGAGAAAUAAAGACGUCCGCAACUACUGGAAACGUAUUUUCAUUACCGUAACUGGUGCUGAAACCGAUGAACCGCCGCUGCCAUCUUCACCACAUCGUUUAGAA